AUGUUUCGAUUCCACAAAACCCUCGAUGUCAUUACUCUCUUUCACAAGGCAAGCUCUCCAGCUUCAGUAAGAGUUCAUACUCUUUUGAAGCAAGCAUCUGCCAAUGCUACUGAACCUGCGACGGAGGAUCAAGCUAGCGACCACUCUGCCCAGACCAACCCAAAGAGACAAGAGUUCGAAUUAGAAGUCACCGAAUCUGCACCUACCCCAGAUCAACUCAAGAGCAUUCUGGAAUAUGUUGGUGUAUCAAAAGUUGGCAGUAUUGUUACAGGUGCAAAGGAUGAAGCAGACGCCGUAAGGAAGAUCAAAGCCAAUGAAGAUAGCUUCCAGAGACCUCUAACUGUGGAUUGGAGCAAUGGGAAAGCUGUUGUCGGAGAUAGUAAAUCUGAGAUAUUGACCAUGCUCAAUGCUCUUUCCAAAAAUUAG